AACGGCUUGUAAGGUGCAUCCUCAGCCUUACAAGCCGUUGAGCUGAGGUUCGAUUCCCCUCUCUCCCAAAAUUGUAACCUUGUUCAAAAAAAAAAAAGAAGAAAAAGAAAAACCACAUCACUGCGCAACCCAAUGACGGAAACUCAUUAAGUGGAGAUUGCUUUGGCUUUUUCAGUGAGCCUCCGUGCUUUCUUCCACUCAUCAGUUUUAGCUGCUGCUGUUGCUGCUGCUGUUGCUGCUGCUUAUGGUGCUUCAUCAAUAACCACAUCACCUUUUAUUCUUCGAUUUUCCUCUUUUUCUCUUCAUUCAGAACCCCUAUUUUAUCUUUGAUUUCCCUCACUCAAUUCCACUCUUUUUCAGUUUCCCCUUCAAAUCUCUGCUUGGAAUCAUAGAGGAAGAACGACCAAAAAACAAAAUUUUGUGGAAUAGGUUCGCCCCGUCAAAGUAAGCUUUCUUGGCUGGCACUUUUUGUUGGAUCUUUUGUCGAUAAAAGAUAAUCCUACGAGCAGAGGUAUUUCCUUGGGCCUUUCGGUUUUUGCUUUUUCUCAUCUGGGUAUUUGAAUUUCGAAUUGGGUAUUCGAAAAGAUUGCCCAAAAUUACCCACAAACCCUGAAUAAAUGGACGCUUUAACAUCCAGUCUUGCUGAUGUGAUGGUCUCUACUCUCUUCGAUUUUAUUUCUGAUCGAUUGUCUGCUUCGGAGUUUCUCAACUUUGCCCGGAAAGAGCAGUUUUUGUCCCAACUCAACAUGUGGAAGAAUCUUCUGCCCAAAAUCAAUGCCCUGCUCCAUGACGCACUACAAAGCCACAACGCCAGUCAUGCCCUCAAACUCUGGCUCUCUGAUUUAAGACACCUUGCUUACGAUGCUGAAGACAUCAUUGAUGAAAUUGACACCGAGGUCCAGCGCCGGAGAUUACUAGGACACACCCAAUUUGGCACCACCAGCAAGGUACGCUUCUUAUUUCCGCCAUGUUGUGCUGGUUUCAAUUCAAGUGGCAUUAAGUUUAGCGGGCGGCUGGGGGCAGAGAUGAAAGCUAUCACUGCUAGAUUUCAACUGAUUCUUGAGCAAAAGAAUAUUUUGAAUUUGGUGGAUAGAGGUGGUCAAGGGAGAUUGGACACAAAAAAGGAAAGGCUGCGCUCUUCUUCUUCUCUUGUUGAUGAAUCUCGGGUUUUUGGCAGGGAACAGGAUAAACAAGUCAUUCUUGAAUGGUUAAUGGAUGGUAAAACUGGUGUGAUUUCAAUUGUCGCAAUGGGCGGCGUGGGCAAAACCACACUUGCUCAGUUAGUUUACAACGACGGUAGAAUUGAAAACCUUUUUGAGUUGAGAGUUUGGGUUUGUGUAUCUACGGAAUUUGAUGUUAUUAGAGUGACUAGGACUCUGCUGCAAGCUCUUACUUUGGAUAGUCUCAAUUCCAAGGACUUCAAUUCGCUUCAAGUGAAACUAAAGGAGAUGCUUUCUGGAAAGAAGUUUUUGAUUGUUUUGGAUGAUGUUUGGAAUGAGAACUAUGGGCAAUGGGAGGAUCUGCGAACACCCUUUGUGGCAGGAGCACCUGGGAGUAAAGUACUUGUAACCACUCGAAAUGAAAGGGUUGCACGCAUCAUGACCACAUAUCCAGUGUACCAUUUGCCGGUGUUGUCUAACAAUGCUUGCUUUUCGUUGUUUGUCACACAUGCCCUUGGUGCUAGUAAUUUUGAUGAACACUCGAAUCUAAAAGGAAUUGGUGAAGAAAUAGUGCGCAAGUGCAAAGGCGUACCACUGGCAGCCAAGACUUUGGGUGGGCUUCUGCGUGGUAGAGUAAAUUCUGAUGAGUGGGAAGAUUUGUUGAGGAGUGAGAUGUGGGACAUACCAGAAGAAAGGAGUGGCAUCCUUCCUGCUCUGAUGUUGAGCUAUCAUCAUCUUCCUUCCCAUUUGAAAAGAUGCUUUGCCUAUUGCGCUAUGUUUCCAGAGGACUAUGAAUUUGACAAGAAUGACUUGGUUCUACUAUGGAUGGCUGAGGGGUUCAUACAACAAGCAAAGGGAGAAAAACAAAUGCAAGACAUUGGUCUUGAAUAUUUUAAUGAUUUAGUUUCAAUGUCUUUUUUCCAACACUCAAGUAGCAGCAAAAAUCUAUUUGUUAUGCAUGACCUUAUAAAUCAUCUAGCUCAAUUUGUUGCUGGAGAAAUAUGCCUUCAUUUUAAGGAUACCUUUGAAGACAAGCCGCAUACACUUAUUGCGAAGCUUCGUCAUUUGUCAUUCACUCGCCACCAAUAUGAGAUUUCCAAAAGAUUUGAAGCAUUAGAUCGCAUGCAGUGUUUGCGGACUUUCAUAGCAUUACCAAUAGAUACAUCAUCUCGGGCAGCAUGUCAUUACAUAAGUAAAAAUGUGUUACAGAAGUUGCUGGCAAACUUAAGAUUCUUAAGGGUGCUAUGUUUGAGUGGAUACUGUAUAGAUGAAAUACCAUAUUCUAUUGGUCAUCUGAAGCAUUUGAGGUACCUUAAUUUGUCUCACAGUACAAUUAAACAGUUACCAGAAUCUGUGGGUAGCCUAUUCAACUUACAAACGCUUCUAUUGCGAGGCUGCAGGGAGCUUGCUAAGCUGCCACAAGGUAUUGAAAAUCUAAUUAACCUUCUUGUCCUUGAUCUUACUGAUACUGAGAAAUUAGUGGAGAUGCCAUUGCAAAUAGGCAAGUUGAUAAAGCUUCAGGUUUUGCCCAAAUUCUGUGUUGGAAAGGACAGUCAGUUUGGCAAUAUUAGCGAAUUGAAGGACUUGUUACAUUUAAAAGGGGAGCUUUCUAUUACUGGGUUGGAAAAUGUGGUGAAUGUACAAGAUGCUAGGGAUGCUAAUCUAAUGGACAAGCAUGGUAUUGAUGGCUUAUGUUUGAAAUGGAGUAGUGAGUUCCUUGAUCACCAAAAGGAAGAAGGAGAAAUGCUUGUUCUUGAUAUGCUAAAACCUAAUAAGAAUCUGAAAGAACUUACAAUUUCAUUUUAUGGUGGUAAAAGAUUUCCAUCAUGGUUAGGAGACCCCUCAUUCACUAAUAUUGUGCGCAUGAGCCUCAAUAACUGCAGUAAAAGCAUGUCACUUCCAUCACUUGGGAGACUGCCAUCAUUGAAGAAGUUGUUCAUCCGAGGCAUGAAUGGAGUCAAGGAAGUGGGUCUUGAGUUUUAUGGAGAUGAUUUGCCUUAUACUGAGAGGUUUCUGUCCUUGGAAAUUCUGUGGUUUCAGAAUAUGUUGGAAUGGGAACAUUGGUCUUCCACUCAUAAAGGUGAUGAAGAUUUAGCUGAUGAAUUUCCUUCUCUUCAUGAGCUCAUGAUAAAAGAUUGUCUAAAGCUGACUGGGGGCUUACCAAGAUGCCUUCCUUCCCUUGUGAAGCUUAUCAUUAGUCACUGCCCAAAGUUGGAGGGUUCACUUGUGAGCCUCCCCUCCCUUUGUGAAUUAAAUAUUGAAGACUGCAACAAGGAGCAACUGAAAAAUUUUGUUCACCUCACUUCCUUAAUAACACUGAGAAUCCGAAGUAUUAGGGACCUUGCAUGUCUGCCGCAAGAGAUGCUAGAGUCUCUAGGUGCACUUCAAACCCUUGAUGUUUCCAAUUGCACUGAACUGACAUCUCUGUGGCAAAAGGGUACCAGACUGAAAAACAUUGUUUCUCUUGAGCAUCUAAAAAUUAAGGGCUGCUCCAAAUUUGUGUCUCUCAUAGAAAAUGAGCAAGGUCUUUAUAGUAGUUUAGAAGAUAAUGAGUUGAUCAACUAUGGCAACUUGGAGAAACUGACUCUCAAAAGUUUGCAAAUUGAAUCAUGCCCAAAACUUGUAUCAUUUCCCGAGACAGGUUGCUUGUCCACACUUAGACAUCUUAAGCUGAAAGAUUGUGUAGCUCUUAAGAACCUGCCUGAUUGGAAGAUGAUGCUUAAUUGCAGGACUAGUGAUUGUCUUCUUGAAGACUUGGAGAUUGAGAAAUGUCCUUCCCUGACAUGCCUUCCAGGAGGCAAUAUGCUUACCAGGUUGCAAAGGUUGAAAAUCCGAAAUUGUACAAAUUUGCAGUCUCUACCAGAGGGAAUCAUGCAGAAAAAUAACGACACACACAUGCGGGAUCUUAAGAGCUUGGAGAUUGAUAACUGUCCAUCUUUAAUGUGCUUUCCUGAAGGCAUAUUACCAUUUAGUCUUAAAACACUGAAAAUUUGUGAUUGCUCAAAGCUGGAGCCACUUUCAGAGUGGCUGCUGCACAACAAUGCAUCACUUGAAUACAUCUAUAUGCGGAGCUAUACAACUCUCAGAAGUUUGCCAGAAUGCCUAUAUAGCCUCACACAUCUGACUGAGUUAACUAUAAGUAGUUGUCCAGCUUUAACCUCCUUUCCAGAGGCAGGCCUCUCACCCACUUUGAAAACCUUAGAAAUCUACAGUUGUGCCAAUCUCAAAUCUCUACCUGAGAGGAUGCAAAAUCUUGCUUCUCUUCAUUAUCUAACAGUUUGUGACUGUCCAUGUCUUGUGUCAUUUCCCAGAGGGGGUUUGUCCCCUCAACUCUUGGUACUGGAGGUCUGGGAUUGCAUAAAUUUGAAGGAGCCAAUGUCAGAGUGGAACCUACACUCUCUAGUCUCUCUUAAAGAGCUCAUCAUUGUUGGUGCACCGGAUACAGCUUCCUUCCCUGAUGAAAAGUGUCUGCUUCCUACAACUCUCACUUCUAUACUCAUUUCUGGACUCAACAGUUUGGAAUCUCUAUCCGCAGAACUACUAAACCUGACCUCUCUUGAAGAGCUAGAAGUCAAAGAUUGUCCAAAGCUUCGAGAGUUGCCAACGGAAGGAAUGCCUGCAAAACUUGGAAAACUUUGUAUCAGAAACUGUCGACUUCUACAGCAAUGCUUAAAGAACAAAGAAGCAUAUUGGCCGUUGAUAGCCCACAUUCCUUGUAUAGAAAUAGAUGGUAUCUCUUCUUGUUUUCAGUUAUGUUCAGAUAAACUUUUGUUGGACUACCUUUUUAUCAGCCUCUUGCUGGACUACUUAAUCCUUGUUGUAAUGGACUCUGCACUGCAUUGGCAGAUUAAAUUCAAAGAUGACCCAGCAUUGAACUGUUGCAAGUGGGCAGUUUUUUGUAUCAAAUGGUAGGAGACUGGUGGUGAUGGAUUCACGCAGGAGGAGGAGAACCAGGGAGUCCUUUACCUUUGCUCAGACUGGGUGUUACAGCUCACUACGUACAGGGGGAAUAUCGAAGGCUUUUGGGAUACAGAGGAAACGCAUUUUCUCCAGCAAAGACUUAACAGGAUAUUGGCAUCAUGUAAUAACUUUGGUUUGCUGUUGGGUUUCUGCUAAGAGAAAUUAAAGAUUCCGGGCGAGUUGCCUAAUUAAUGUCUACAUUGGCUAUACCCUACUGAUACCAUUAUACUCAAAAUAUGCUAAACAAGAUCUUUGAACUGGACAAGAGGGGAGAUUUGUUUGUGACAGUUGAGAAUUUUGCCAUUGCUGUUACACUAGGUAUGGUCAGUUUCCAGUUUGUAAAUGUCAUCUUAAAUCCUUCAGGCCUCCAUUAACUUCUAAUUAAUGUAAUCUUAUGCUUCUCCAGUUUUCAACAUCUCUUCUGCGGUCAGUUGUCAUUGGCAUUUACCUGGGUGCUGUUUUGUUUGUUGUUGGAAGGCAAGUCUGGAGAAAGUUUGGGGGAAAGAUAUAAUGCAUGUUUGGCAGCUUAAAACUGGAGGACCACUUGUUAGGGAAUGGGUAAGUCAUCUUCAGCUCCCUGAAAUUUCCAACUUCUGUAUGUUGGCUGACACUCAUUGCCUCACAAUGAGCAGAAGCAACCAUAAAAAUUUUUUUACACAUGCUUGGUACUUGUAUCAGUAAAUAAACAGUACAGCUGAAUUUGUUCAAGAGAGAGCUACAAGAUUGGAUAAUCCUUACCUCUCUAGGGACUCUUCUACCUGAAUUUAUGCUAACGUCAGAGGAGUUUGGAAGAAAGUAUCUGCAGUUUUGACACAUCCCCUGAGUUCUGUAAGCUCUGUUUAUUGUUAUCUACAGCCAAAUAGAAUAUAUCUCUGUUAUUUCUAACAGUUUCUGGUAUUUAAUCAUGGAAUAUAAAUUUCAAUUUCUU